UGUUAUUUAUCAGUUUCCAUUGUAAGAUGGAUCAGUUACCGUCAGGUCGCGGCUAAGUAAAGCCAGCUGAAUAACUUAACGCUAUUUAACUCAAAAGUGGAGGAGGUGUGACUGCACGAUUUCUUUACAUUUGAAUAGGUUGCGAUCUUAAAGUGCGGAAAACGUUGAAGGAAAGCAUGGAGCAACAAGUAAAUAGCGAGAAAUCCGAUACUGAAGUGCACUCGAUAUUAAAUGAUCUACAACUUCCAAAGAAGUUCAAGUACCUCAAUGAACUCACCUUCAAAGAGAAACGAGACUUCUUGGACUCCUUCGACGUAAUAUUUUGCGAUUGUGAUGGCGUCAUUUGGGAGUCACUGCACGAUGUGUUGCCCGGCGCACCGGAAGCGAUCGAUUAUCUCAAGCAACAGGGAAAGCAAGUCAUCUUUGUCACAAACAAUAGCAUAAUACCCAUUGAAGUGCAGUUAAGAAAAUUUCAAAAAUGCGGUCUUGACGUGAAAAAGUGCGAUAUUGUGCAUCCAGCACAAACCAUAUGCGAUCACUUGAAGUCCAUACAAUUCGAUGGUCUUAUCUUUUGUCUCACUUCGACCGCUUUUAAGACAUUGCUGAGUGACGAGGGCUUCAACGUAGUGGAUGAGUGCGUCACUUUCAUUGAAAAUCUGGACGAUUUGCGUGCUGCCAUCUACAGCGAUGACCCAGUGAAGGCAGUGAUUAUUGAUGUCGAUUUUAAUCUUUCAGCGUCAAAAUUAAUGCGUGCACAUUGGCAUUUGAAAAAAAAUCCAGAAUGUCUGUUUAUUGGCGGUGCAGCCGAUACGCUAAUCACACUCGACGGAAAAGAUGUUAUAGGUCCUGGCCCCUAUAUUUCCGUGGUUGAGAACACAUCAAGGCGGCAGGCAUUGAUUUUGGGCAAGCCCGGCGUGGCCUUGCGCGAUGCCUUGAUGCAAAAACAGCACCUAAAAGAUCCGCAACGUGGACUAUUUAUCGGCGACAGUCUUGUGACGGAUGUGCGCUUCGGUAAAAUGUGUGGUUUUCAAACUUUAUUGGUACUCAGCGGCAGCUCAACGCGAGCGGAUUUGCAAUCAAAGUUACCGGAAAUGGAAACUCCAGACUAUGUGGUUGACUGCCUGGCCGAUUUGAAUGGAUUAUUUACAUAAAAGAUAUUAAUUAAAAUCUUACCUUUUGUUGUAUUGUUUUUUUUGUUUUUGUUGAAAAAAAUACUUUUUAUUGCAAGAUUAGUGCAUUGAAUAUUGUGUACAACAAAUAAAAAAAUAUUAUAUACAUAUAUAAGUAUAAAAAGUGUGUGUUUUGUGUGAAAGCGCAUCACUCACGAACCGCUCCAUAGAUGUACUCAAGGCGUAUUCAUUAAAGAUGGUGGCUCUAGGUGGUAACAAUAUUUUGUACGUUUGAUUGUCAAAGAAAAGAAUUGGCAAUGUAGAAAACAAAGAAUGAAAUGAAGCAAAGCGAAUUCAUUCUGGGCUGACAGCCACAAGGACAGGGCGAAAGAAAA